UGGUUGAUCUACAGAAAGUGCAGGUGAAGGAGCAUUAAUAGUAUCCUGGACUCUGAUAUCUUCGAGGUGCAAUAGGUGCCGUAUUUUACUCCAAAGUCUCUGAGGCCUUGGUCAAUUCUAGUGCAAUAUCAUCUGAUAUGACGCGAUUCAACGCUUUGUCGGGAUACCAUGCGGAAACAAACUUAUCUGAAAUCGCUUGAGAUGAACUACGAGUUAGAGCGCUGUUGAGCGGAUCGACGGGUGUUGAAUUUGAUGCUUCUUCGUUUUACCAUUAACUGAAUAUUGAACGAAUUUCAAAGUUGAUUAUAGGAGGAGAUAACACUUUUACAGAGCCGCACAUCAUAUUUAGUAAUUCGUUUCGUUGAUUGCUGCGAUUUGCAUCGUCGACAUUAUCGCUCAGUUUUUUACCAAGAAAUUUGUGAAUACGAAAAGAAUGAUGGACGGUUUCAAGUGCUUUGCAACCUUUUGCAUUUUGAUAACAGUCGCAUUGGAGAAUUUCGUUGGUGGAAACUUCCAAGGUUGUGCGGGCAGCGGAUUCAUCGCGUUCAAAGACCGCUGCUACUUCUUCAGUAUUUCCCAAUGGCUGAAGAUCCGGAACGCUGACAACACGUGUAAGGCCCAAGGAGCGGACCUGGUAGGCAUACAGACAAAGGAAGAGUUCGAUUUCCUCGUGGACGAGAUUGAGAGACGGAUUGGACUGACUGAUGAUGAUCCGUUCAAAUACUCAACGUGGUGGCGGAAACAGUUCUGGACGAGCGGACGCCGUGAGCCUGGCAAGCUGGGGUGGAGGUGGGACCAGUCUCGUAUUCCGAUGACACAGGCAGAAGUCAACCCGGUUAGGUCCACUGAGGCACUGACGUUCACCGCGUGGCUUCAAGAUGAACCAAGCAGGGUCUACGAGAAGGGAAUCACCCUGGUCUUCUCAGGGGGAGUCUGGGGAUGGAAUGAUUACGUCAUCACGGAUGAUCUCAGUUUUAUUUGCGAGAAGAAAUUGGCUUCGAUCAGAUCAAAUUGUCCCCCCGACUUCCGCCGCUUCAGGGACAGUUGCUAUUUGUUCGUAGAUUCGUCCGACAAGGGGCAGAAAAGGGCCAAGCUCCACUGCAAUGAGUUCGGCGCCUACCUGGUAGCAAUUAACGAUGAGCCGGAGUUCGAUUUUCUGUGCAAGUCCCUCGAAAGUAUCAAGCGAUCGCAGGGGUUGAGGGUGGAAUACGAAGAGUGGUGGACGGGAGGGACGCAGACUAACUUCAGCGCCAGUAUCCUGAGUGCGCCUUGGAUGGAAUGGGUCUGGGACACCACUGUACCGCAGCUGACCCUAAGCCCGUGGUUCAGGAAUCGGCCGCGGGGGAUGCUAGAUGACACCUACCUUGCCCUUUAUUUCAAAGAUAGCCGCUGGUGGUGGUACGAUGAGGAUCGGACAUCGAGCCUCGAUUUCGUCUGCGAGAAGGCCAUGCAGAGAGCAUUACUUGGGGGCGAGGAUGAAAAAGAGUGCCCACAGCGCUGGCGAACGUUUCAGGGACAUUGCUACUACUUCUCGAUUCAUAAUAACAAAGCCCGCCAGGGCGCGGAGGAAACGUGCAUGCACAUGGGCGCGCGUCUCGUUGCCUUGGAAACGGAGGCGGAACUAGAAUUCUUGAGAACGACGAUGCGCGAGGUUAAACAUUUUGACGAUGUUAAGUGGUGGACUGGAGGUAUUCCGAUAGCAAGACAGUGGGUCUGGAGCAAGGACUACAUGUUGUUCAAAGAUUAUCCUGACCAGUUCCUCGGCUGGGCACCAGGGGAGCCAAACAACUGGGAUGACCAAGAGAACUUCAUCACUUUGCUCUACAAUAAUACCUGGGGUCUGAAUGACGUACCUAACAGGGAUCACAUCUCCCUGCCUUUCAUCUGUGAGAAGCAACGACAAGAUAAUGAUGGCGUCUACUGCCCAAGCAAAAUCGGCCGGACCAAGCUCACUAAGCUGCCGGUGACAGGUGACAACUGGGCGACACUGAUGCUAGAUAACACAUUCCAGUGCAGUGGGCACAUAAAGAUCUGGCGUUAUUACCGAGGGCAUUCGAAUGGGACUGCAUACGCCGGUGUCUGGCGUAAGAUCAGCGACCAGAAGUACCGGCUGAUCAAAAAAACAACAUUUCAGCCAGCGGGCAUAGGAAGAAAAACGGUCAUUCUGCGCCAUCCAAUUGGAGUGGCCGCUGGUGACAUCAUCGGCGUUCAUUACGAUAACGCGCAUGCGCACGGUGGCAUUAUCACGUCAGCAAAAAUGGAAGACGACGCUGUCGCAGAGAAUGAACUGUACACGACGCUUAGCGCUCCUAUCUACAAUGACCAAGUACAUGACGGAAUGAUAGUUGACUUUAAUCUGCAUGACCCUAAGGUUGCCAAGAAAACCUAUGCACUCUUCGCUAAGCUGAUGAAAAUCGACAGAGUAUGAGACCUUUGCGUCAACAUCCCUCUUGGUAAGGUGAUCACCGCUUGGGUUGGUGCAAAAUAUGGAGGCGGUCAAAAAGCAUUUAAAUUUUUGGUGAUUUCUUGUCAACAUCAUAUUCAACAAAACAUGGAAUUUGAGGACAAAAUCGACACACUUACUAAUGAAGUCUACUUGAAGUCGAUUACGACUCACACUGUCAACGCAAUUUUGAAUGACUUUGAUAAUUAUUUGAUUUAAAGCAUGACAUUUCUCAAGUUGUCUGUGGAAAUAUUUGGGUAAUUUCAGAAUAAUUAUCGUUUGUUUGAAACCAUGCGUUUUAGCAUGUAACCUAUACAGUCUGAAUAGGUUAUAAUUGGCAUUAUACCAUUACGACAGUGUCGUUCCGCCAUAUUUGCGCUCUUCGCCACCAAAUUUAUAACGGCAUAUUACAGUGUAAACAACUUCAGCCUUCAAAUGAAAUGUAGCAGUUUUGAUGAUUUUCGAGUUUCCAUUUCCCCAGCGGGUGGCUAAUGAAGGUGAGAUGACGGGCAGUUAUUGAUGAAGUUCAGCAAGGGUUCAAUUUAACCAUAACUCAUGGCGAAUGGCGUACGGAUUUAGUGGUCCUUUGGGGAUAUUUGAUAAGGUCACGGAGACUUAUACGUGAAAUUUGAUGGCAGAAUUUCGCAAAUAAAACUGACAUCUCAAGUUUAA